CAACGCGUGAUCUGCAUCCACACAACGUCCAUCAUCUGCUUAUUAUAUCAUGGCCUUGGCCUCACAUCAGCAUACUCCCCACUCUCCUUCUCAUUGUUCUUCAUCACCACCCGCGCUCGCAAUCUCAACACAAAACUCCUCCGUCACCACUUACUACCUCUUCCACUCCCACCCCCACUACUCCGCCAUCACCGACCCACACGUCCCCCGCGCCCUCCAGCCCCACCACGCAAUGUGUGCGCCCACAUCCACUCCCCUCCCGAACCAACUCAAGCUCGCCGCAGUCCCCAUGCGCCGGAGCUACGCGAGCAUGGGCGUCGCCCGCCCCCCAUCAAUGGCCCGCACCUCCCCACCCCUCGCACCCUCGAUGGCGCGCGCCGCGCCGAUGAGCGCCGCGUCCAUGGUCCCAAUGGGCGGCUACGCAAUGCAGCGCUCGUCAUCGAGCUAUGGUGUCGAUGGCAACCCGUAUGCCGCCCGUGCCGCUCGAUCCGCCCCGGCGAGCAAGCGUGCGCCCCGCGCCGCGCUCGCGCCACUCCCCCUGUCUCCCCUUGCGCUCGCGCCGCUCGACAUCGACGCCAUCGAAGCCAUCGAUGCCAUCGAAGCGCUCGACGCCCUCGACACCCUCGAGACCCGCGAGCCACGCCCCGCAAACCUCGCGCAGCGCACCCGAGUACCGCGUCUCCACCGCGCCCGCGACGCACCGCCCCGUGCAUGCCGCGUCGGCUCGUCCGACUACAGAGCGCUCGGGUAGCCUGCUGAAGCUUCAAGCUUUGCUUGGAGGCAGUGCGGCGAGCAGUUGAUGAUCGUCGCAAGGAGCUCCGCUGGCCGUGCCGAGCAGAGACCGAACCGAGCAUGCCUCUGGACGCGGCUGCAGGCUGUAGACGCACCGCAUACCGCGUUGCUGCUGGAUCGGCACCCCGAGCUGGCCUCGACCCCACCCGCAGAAUCAUCUCCGCGUGCUUGAUUGUACCCACACCCCACAUGAUCCGUGAUCAUAGUACGCACGUCCCACCCACUGUUUCGAGCCGGCACACACGCCAUACCCUGUAUCCUUAGCUCUCUAGCAUGAAUGACCACU